AUGUAUAAAAACUACAAGACUAAUUUAUCAAAACCAAGCAAACCAAAUUUACCCAAGGGUUAACAAAAAAGCCAAGGCACAAUUAGUUAGAAAGUAGUUAAACCUAAACCUGAGUGGAAUGAUUCUGUCAAAGAUGAAUCCAAUUAUAAGCUUUCUGCUUCAGAGUUAGUGCAAAGGAAGAUUAAUUUGAUGAGUAAGCAUAGAUUGGAAGCUAAGGAGGAAUGGCUUGAGAGAUAAGAAAAAUUAAGGAGGGGAGUGUUAGAUGAAGAAACAAAAAAAAUAUAUGAUACUGCAAGGCAGAGUAAAAAUCUAAGCACUAGAGAAGACGAAAUAAAAAGAAAAAAUUUAAGCUAGAUGAUAAACUUUAUUGAAAAACCUUAAAAAGAUAGCAAAGCGGUUGUUGAAUAGGUCAAACAAAAUCUUGAAUAAACAAGAAAAUUUAUUCAUAAAAUUGAAUAAUAUCAAAAUGAUGAAGAUCCAAAUAGAUUGCUAAGAGUUAUUGAUAGAUUAAACAAAAAUUCAGAUCAACAAAAUAGCAAUUAUGAUACUGUAAAUUAGAAUAAUAAAGGUUAAGGUAGUCUAAGGAAAUCAGCAAGAUCUAUGAGCAGCUAAAAUAUGAACUCAUAGAGAUAAAAUUCUUUAAAUGAAAAUAAAUUAAGCGACAAAAAAUAUAACCAAUCCACUUAAAUGUAAAGUGAUUUCUUUUCAUCUUCAUCAAAGGAAAAUUAAAAAGACAUGGCUAACUACUUCCAUUCUCUUGAUAAAAUCGAAGAAACUAUAAAAUUUAUGGAAGAUAAAAUUUUAUGUGAACGUAAAUCUCCUUCCAAGUAAAAUAAUGCUGCUUCAAAAAUUGUUGAAAAAAAACUUUUCAAUGAAAUACAAGAAAAUUCAGAUAGCAUAAAAUCAAAUACUUUAGAUAAAAAAGAGAAAAACAUUUACAAUUAAUAGUUGGAAAAAGUUGACUUUGAGUUUGAAACUAAUUAUCAUUAUAAUAUGAUUGCUAAUAAAAAUAAAUUAGAUAUUAAAAACUUUGAAUUUUCAAAAGAGUCUUAAAACGGUGCAAAGUAAAUUAAUACAUCUAGAGGAUCAAAAAAUAUAGAUAAUGAUGCUUUAUCAUUUAAUCUCACUGAUGGUGAAGACGAGUCCCAAACUCAUGGAUUUAAAAAUAGAUUUGAACAAUCCUUACCUAAAAAUUAUAACAGAAGUAGAAGUUAGUCAUAAGACAAGUAAAUUUAAUAUGAUAGCCAAGGCAAGAAAUUUUAACAAGAAAAUGAUAUUGUUGUUAACGAUUUUAAAUGUAACAUAGAUAUGAUAGAUCCAAAUAUGUUUUUUAACAGCAAUCAACAAGAAAAUGAAUAAAUGAAUAAAUUUUAAUACUAAUACGACAACAAAAAAACAUUUUAAGAGAAUAAUAGAAAUACUAAUGAUGAUAAUAUGAAAUCAGACUUUCAAAGAAACUAUGAGGAUACUUUAUCAUCAGCUGAUAACUAUAAUAAGCAAUAAAAAUCUAAUUUUGUUUAGUAAUAUGAUAAUAUUGCAUCAAAGAAAAGAUAAGAAUUGAGUAGCUAACAAGCAACAGUAAAGUUCUAGUAUGACACUCAAAAUGAAUUAUAUUCAAAAUUAAAGUAAUAAACAGAAGAUGACUCUGAAUAAUUCUAUGCAAACAGAAUCGCACCUUAGCCAUAUACAAAUAACUAUUUCAAAGAAACUUAAAGAGAUUCUGAGUACAUAUCUAAGUAACCAAAUAAAAGCUAAUAACCUUGCAGUGUUUAAUAAUAAGUUUAAGAUGAAGAGUAAGGAGGAGAUGAUUAUUUAUCAAGAAAUAUAGAUUAGUUGAAAGAAAUACUGGAAGCUACUAAAAAAGAUCUUGAAAAAUUAGAAAAUAAUAAUUUAAAUAGCGAUGAAUUCAAUUAUUUUUCAUCUCAAUAUUAAUAAACCUAAUAAGAAGGAACAAUAUAAGGAAAAAAGAUACAGAAGACUAUCCCAAUAUCAAGAAAUAACGAAUUAAGUGAGCUGUAAGCAAUACAAAGUAUCAAGAAGGUGGCAAAUAAUCUUUUAGAGUGCUCAGAUAAUAGAUAGGUUUAUCAAAAUAAAAUAAAUCCUGCUUUUAUAAAUUCAUACAAAUAAUAAGAAAUACCAACAACAAAUGAUGUCUUAGUGUAAGAUUCAAACUUAUCCAAGCAAAAUAACUUAUUUUAAGAUAUAAGCGAAUAAUAAAAUUUUUUUACAAGCAACAUUUUCUUGUGUAAUAAUAAUUCAAUAUAGAAAACAAAUGGAGCAGCAGACAAUAUGUACAAAUAGUCUGACCCAUAUUUUACAAGCAAUAUAUUUUUGAAUGAUAAUAUUAGCAAUAAUAACGACUUAAAAAAUAAUCAAUCAAAUUUAUACUCAAACAAUCAAGGUGAUACUUAAAUUUAAAGAAAUUAAAAUAUAAUUAAAUAAGAUAUGUUUAAAAAAUCGAUUUAAAACUAUUCUAAUCAAGGAGUUAAACCUCAGGAUUCUCUUUACAUAAGACAUCACCUCAAAUGA